AGUAGAGCUGCAGCUUAGAGGUGGAUAAAGUUCGUCUCCACGUUGGAAGUGAUUGAAAGUAAUACCCGUUUUCAAGGACUGUUACCAGGUUUUAGGAGGAAGGAUAAAUUAAAUAGAGAACUUGAGGUGUAAAAACAGAGACGCUUUGCGGUGGAUGAAGAGGUUUUUGUUGUCGACAUUCGCACGGUGCACAAAAGAAAAGUUUUCUCGGGACACAAAGUUGUCAAGUGAGUUGAACUUCAACAAAAGGCAGAAUCUGCCACAGGACAGUAGACAUAUUGUCACGGGACAUAUGUAAACAGUCGAUUUUGGAUUUUUCUUUCUUUUUAAAGAAGAAAAUAUAAAAUCUAAAUUUUAUCAUCAAAAGUUUAGCUUCAGAAAAUGGAAGCGACUCUCUACGACGAAGCCGUGAAUGCCUCCAACUCUCAGCCUGGCGGGACGGCUGUGUAUGGGUUCAACCCUAAAACCCUGAAACAAACCAUGACUCUCAAUCUAAACGACCCGAAAAACUUCAAACCCCAGCUGGGCACCAAAACGCUGGACAUCCUGACUUCCCCUGAUGUCGGCUUACUGAAGCUGGCCUCGCCUGAACUGGAGCGGUUGAUCAUCCAGUCCUGCAGCGGGCUGACGACUCCCACCCCGACCCAGUUUGUCUGUCCCAAGAACAUUACCGACGAGCAGGAAGGCUUCGCCGAGGGGUUUGUGAGGGCCCUGGCUGAGCUCCACUACCAGCAGAUACCCGCCGCCCAUCCCAACGCACAGACCGGCGCGACCAGCAGCAUGGCACCGUGCUCUGCUGCAUGCGAGAGCGGCGGGAUCUCCUACAGCUGCACGGUGCGCACGGAGCCGCCGGAGUACACAAACUUGGCCACUUUUAACCGGACUGUGGGCUCCGUGUCCGCACCUGUCAGCGAGAGGCGCCCACCUACGAGUUACCCAGGAGCUCCACAGCCGCCCCACAACCACAUGGACCACCAGCUGGCGGCAGCGCAGCACUCGCGACUACAGUCACUGAAAGAGGAGCCGCAGACUGUGCCCGAGAUGUCCGGCGAUACUCCGCCGCUCUCCCCCAUCGACAUGGAGAACCAAGAGCGCAUCAAAGCCGAGAGAAAGCGCAUGAGGAACAGGGUGGCCGCGUCCAAAUGCCGGAAAAGGAAGCUGGAGAGGAUCUCUCGGCUGGAGGAUAGGGUCAAAAACCUGAAGAGUCAAAACACAGAGUUGAUUUCUUCUGCUAACGUCCUCCGGGAUGAGCUGGCUCUGCUUAAGCAAAAGGUCAUGGACCACGUAAACAGCGGCUGUCAGCUCAUCUUGACGCAGCAGCUCCAAGCCUACUAGACUGCUAUAACAAAAAAGAACCAAGAGACAUUGCUUGGGGACCAAAAUGCAUCUUAAAAUGACAUGUUCACCCGUUUCAGGGAAAUCUCUGCGUCUCAGCGCAUUUUUCCUCCAAAAUCACCCACUCAGACUGUAUGGACACAAAUGAUGACUUUUAUUCUUACAGAGCAGAAAUCACUAAACUUCUUGUAGGGGCGCACAAACUUUGGCUCUUUUUCUGUCUUUAACUUCUUUUUAUCCUCACAUUAAACUACCUAGCCCCGAUUGUUUCUAUGCAGUUAAAUCAUAGCAUGUCAAGUUUUCAUUUUUAAUCACUCAGUUGUGGUUCAAGAGAUCCACACAAUGUAAUCCAGGCCUCAUCCUGCAGGUCUGACAAGUAGCAACGUGUGCAUAAACUUGAGUCAAGCACUGUUGACCAGCGAGCAUAUGUACAAAAUAACACUAACAACUUUCACACCUUUUUGGACUUCUAUAGGUGUGUUUGUGUGUGUAUAGCGUUUACUGACAACUGCCUUACUUUCAUAACACUUAAUGUUCCCUCAGCUUUGUGAUAAAUUUGGAUGUAGCUGUUAGACCUGAAAAUAACACUUUGUAAUAUUUGUACGCAGCUUUUUUUUUCUUGAAGCACUUAACUGUAAAUAUGACUGAAAUAAAAAUGUGUAUGGGAGUUUA